AACUACAACGUGUGUAGUGAUAUUUUCAAAUAAAUUGUCAUAAUAGCAAUUUUGUGCCGGUAAUCGGAAUCAAUAUAAUUUUUAGUUUAAAUAAUUAUUAAACUGUAUAAUAUAAAUUAUAUAAUUAUUUUCAUUAUGUUUAUAAAAUAAAAAAAUAAAAAGUCUGAAUAAAAUUUUUAAGUUUGUUAAGUAUGUUGUUUUAUUCGUUCUUCAAAUCCUUGAUCGGAAAGGAUGUAGUUGUAGAAUUAAAAAACGAUUUAAGUAUUUGUGGCACUUUGCACUCAGUAGAUCAAUAUCUGAAUAUAAAAUUAACUGAUAUAAGUGUAACUGAUCCAGAUAAAUAUCCUCACAUGUUAUCUGUAAAAAAUUGUUUUAUUCGAGGAUCGGUAGUACGUUAUGUACAAUUACCAGGAGAUGAAGUGGAUACUCAGCUACUACAGGAUGCUGCACGCAAGGAAGCAGCAGUUCAAGCAAGAUAAUUUAUAUUAUUAUUAGAUAUAAAAAUAUCUCAGAUUUAUUUUUUACUAUUGAAAUCAGGAAUUAUAUACAAUGAACAUACAAAUUAUGAAUUUGUACAUCUAUAAGUAUAUAAAUUGAGUUUAUUAUUAAAAUAUUAAUUUCUAAUUAUAAGAAUUCUUAAAAUUAUUCCUUAUUAUAUGUAUUGCAUAUAGAAAAAAAAAACAAUUAUUGCUAUUCAUAAAAGCAAUAAAUUUUA